AAACCUGGUUAAAAAAUGUAAGGAACCCUGCUAAAGUACGAUUGGAUAAUUUUAUAUUUUAUAAUCAACCUCGUCACAAUAGCUAUGAUGAUAGUGCUAAUUUUAAAAAUCUUAAAGAAAAAGACCAUGGUGGUGUAGGAAUAUAUUAUAGUAACAAUAAAGCUUGUAAUAUAAUAAGGUUAGGACAAUUAAAUAUAGAACAUGUUGCCUGUAAUAUUCCAGAUAAAAAUAUUUCUGUAAUUGUUAUUUAUAGACCACCAAAAUAUAGAUUAGAAUUGUUCAUGCCUCAAUUAGAACGAUUGUUGACUGAGUUACAAGAGUCUGGUUAUCAUUAUAUUAUUAUGGGAGAUUUCAAUCAAAAUCUAUUAGAAGGACAUAGUUCUAUUAAGGAUUGUUUUCAAGAAUUCAGGUUUAAACAGUUAGUGACAGAGAGUACUACAGAAGGCAAUACAAUAUUAGAUCAUGUUUAUAUGAGUUCAGGUAUUAAUUUAAAACGUGUUAAAAUUACUAUUGUACCUACAUAUUAUAGUUAUCAUGAAGCUGUUAACAUUCAGUUAUUGUAA